AUAGAUAUUAUUAUUAUUUUUUAUUAUAUGAUAGGUUUUAUGUAAAUUUGGGAAUUUUGUUUUUCCCCGGCACUUCUUCUCAAGCCAGGUUGGGAAAAUUCAUUGGGGGAUCUCAUGUACUCGCUUGUGGAUCACAACUACAUUCACCAUCAUGAUUGCCCUAGAGCAUAAAGAAACCAUGCAAAGGAACUGUGAGGCAUCUGUAAAGUGCCUCCAGAGCAAGAGAUUCCCUUACAAACUACCAUGUAAAGGGAAUCCAAUCGAAGGUUUCUCUGAGCUAAAAGAUGAAACCAGUGUUCAUGCAGGUGGGGAUAUUGUAGAACGAGAACGUUCUUUAAGCAGUGAGUCUCUCAAACCUUCAAAUGAGUUUCACAACAAGCCUAUUUAUCAGAAUGAUUUUGGUUCAUGGCCAACCUUCUAUCCGGACUCUCAAAAGGUGCAGCAGUGCCAAUUGAAUGCUUUUGAGAGCCAAUAUUAUCCUUUUCCUGUGGACAAUCAAUUUCUGUAUGCCCCAUUCCAUGCUUUCUCUCAAGGUUACCCCUAUGAGUUCAUGCUUCAAGAUUUCCAGUAUUUUGUGGUCAUUGACUUUGAGGCUACAUGUGAUAAGGGAAAGAACCCUCACCCUCAAGAGAUAAUUGAGUUCCCAUCUGUCAUAGUGAGUAGCGUGACUGGCCAACUCGAAGCGUGUUUUCAAACAUAUGUGCGGCCGACAUGCAAUCAGAUCUUGAGUGAUUUCUGCAAGGAUCUGACUGGUAUCCAGCAAAUUCAGGUGGACAGAGGUGUAACCCUAAGCGAAGCUCUACUUCGGCAUGAUAAGUGGCUUGAGAAGAAGGGUAAGAACACCAACUUUGCUGUUGUGACAUGGUCUAACUGAUGUCGGGUAAUGUUGGAAUCUGAGUGCAGAUUCAAGAAGAUUCGAAAGCCUCCUUAUUUUAACCGAUGGAUCAAUUUGAAAGUUCCUUUCCGUGAGGUGUUUGGUGGUGUGUGGUGCAAUCUAAAAGAGGCAGUUGAGAUGGCUGGCCUGGCCUGGCAGGGUCGUGCCCACUGUGGUCUGGAUGAUGAAAAUACUGCCCGCCUCCUUGCUUUUCUCAUGCACAGAGGCUUCAAAUUCUCCAUUACAAACUCACUGAUGUGGCAAGCUACUGACCACCCAGAGUCCUGGAAACAAUCCCCGGAGCUCUCAUCUUUUCCUGAAUAUCACCCUCAGAAACUAAGGGCCAACCAUUCCCUAUUCCAGUAUCACCCAUAUUGCUACUGUGGGGUGAAAAGCAGCAAAGGGAUGGUGAGGAAGCCUGGGCCAAAGCAAGGGAGCUUCUUCUUUGGGUGUGGGAACUGGACUGCAGCUAGAGGUGCCCGCUGCCAUUACUUCGAAUGGGCUUCUCCUUGACAUAUGUAUGGGAGAGAAGAUUUCUCUGUCCUUAAGAUCGCAAACUAAGCUUUGUUACCUUCUAUAAGAAAAGAAGAAAAAAGAAAAAAAAUGUGGGUUUUCACUUAGUGGAAGCAAAUAUACCUGAGAAAGCUGCUUGGUGGUAUUUCUGGUACAUAUAAAUAGUAGUGUGUCUGCCAAA